AUGGUGGAAACAAACAAAACUGUGGUAAAAGAAUUUAUUUUGUUGGCUUUUGCUGAUUUGCACCAAUUUCAGAAUUUACUUAUCUUUGUAUUUCUACUGGCUUACAUUAUAUGUGUCAUUGGGAACAUGGCUAUUAUUGUUCUUGUUAGAGUGGAACCGUCUCUUCAUACUGUAAUGUAUUUUUUUGUUAGUGUUUUCUCUGUUUUAGAAAUGAUAUUUGUUUCUACAAUUGUCCCAAAACUUUUAGCCAAUCUAAUUGCAGGUAAUAAUAUUAUUUCUUUCAUUGAAUGCUUUACUCAAAUGUAUGUUUUCAUUUCCUCUGGAUCAACUGAAUGCUAUCUUCUUGCAGUAAUGGUCUUUGACCGACAUAUGGCUAUUAAUAAUCCUUUACACUACUCAGCUAUAAUGACACCUGAUUUUUGUAUUAAAUUGGCUGCUCUACCAUGGAUCAUGGGAUUUGGCAUAAUUUUAGUCCCCGUUGUAAUCACAGCAUGUUUGGAAUUCUGUGGUCCCAAUAUGAUCAACCACUUCUUCUGUGACCUGGCUCCAGUGCAGGAAUUAUCAUGCUCUGAUCCCUUCAUUAGCAACAUAUCUACAAUUAUAGUCACAAUAGUAAUUGUUAUUAUUCCUUUUAAUAUAAUUCUAGGACUCUAUAUUCGUAUAAUAAUAACUGUUUCAAAGAUCAAAAGUAACAAAGGAAAACAGAAAGCAUUUUCCACAUGUUCAUCUCAUCUCAUAGUAGCUGCCCUAUUUUAUGGCACCGCCAUCAUUGUGUAUGCCAAACCUAAGGGAAAUCGCUAUGACAAAUAUCUUGCUUUUAUGUACACAGCAUUCACACCUAUGAUUAACCCUUUUAUUUAUACCUUUAGGAACAGGGAUGUCAAGAAGGCUUUCAGGAUUUCAAUAAAUAACAUAAUAAAAACAGCUCCAUUAUAA